AUGUCGAAUCACACUACCGCCCAAGCGUCUGCUAACGUGAACACCCCGGCGUGGACCUUUUUCGCCUUACCAGGAGAGGUCCGAAAUAUCAUCUACGACAUCCUCAUCACAAAAGCCUACCCCAAAGACGACAUCAGGCCUGUCGCUUCGCGCAUGAGUGCUAUCCUCGUGAAGUUCCCCAGUUGGCUCAAAGACUUUGCGGAUGCUUCUAGGCGGGUUCGAGACGAAUUGAUACCACUCGUCAUGCGACAAUACACAUGGGUAGCCGACUUGCUAUCUAACGAUAUCGACGACGGGAACUGGUAUAUUGCGAAUAAUCGAUCAUGGCUGGAGGGGACCGAUCCUCAUCUUGAUGGCAACAUCCGUCACGUUAGCCUGCGACUUAGGCACUGGUUACCGUCCCAGGAGGUGCCCCGGACAGAGCCAUUCUUCAAAAUAGGCGAAAUGGGCGUUUUCUCUGCUUAUAUCGACAUUCAGCUGUUGGAAAGCGCACCGCAUGUCAGUAUGAGGGCGAGGGCCCAUAUAAGGCUUCUCGACUGCAACCAAGAGGCUGCAUUAAUGGCCGCGUUGAGCUCCGCGCUAGACGAAGACGUCGGUGCUGAGUUGCAAAGAAACCUUGGGAACGACGUUUACUACCUGGUUCAAGACGUAUGA